AUGCCGCCAGAAAUCCAUUGCCCGCGUCCGCAGCGGCCUCCCAUAAGAAGCUUUAUAUUCGAUGAUAUCGAGGACAAGGACUUGCGGCACACUCAGUACAGGCGCACUCUUCUCUAUCUGUUCCCCGAGCUCUUUCCAGCGUCCAAACUCAAAGCGCGCUCUCGCUCCGACGGCUAUCUGUUGCAAACCAUGUUGCGAAACCAAAAAUUCUUCCCACCAACACUGCCGCGGCGGUCAGCACAUGUGCAUGAUCAUGACCCUCUGCCUCGCCAUCAUUCCGCUCCCGUUGAUGCCUGUAGGACCACGGACCCUGCGAUGUUGGCCGCGACGCCUCCAUCUUCGUACAGCGGAAAUGAAUCGCCUUUUCCCUAUCAAGGAGGCAUAUCCGACCUUGUAUCUGCAUCCUCAUCCUAUUCCGACCUUCCCAAGAAACCAAGCACAUGCUCUCGUGUCCGGUCACCUCGUUAUCGCCAGGAUCUGCUCCAUAACAAGAUCGUGGUAAGGCCGGCCCAGAUCCCUCCGUCUAUCCUGGAAUAUGGACGUCGAAUCAUCUCCCGAGCCAGAAACUCUCCGACGAUGCCGGAUUCACAAGCCCAAGCUGCCGUCACCGCCAUACGGAUGCUGGACGAUGCGGACGAAUCCACCAUCUAUGCAGAAUACAUGUCGAUGCAGCUACUCCCGGGCUUAUUUCUUUACUCGGGAAAGAUCAGGAAAGCUGGCAACAUCCCGUUCGACCCAGAAGCACUGCCACAGAUUCCCUCCGCUCCUCCACUCGCAACACCGAGGCCUGACCUACACUACUGUUUAGACCGAAGCAACUUUUCCUUCGAGGAAGGAAGCCAAGGUUGUCUCCUUUCCCUGCCCCCCGACUUCCAUCCAUUUGUGCAACCAAGUAGAGCUGGCUAUUGGCCAUACUUCACUGUCGAGUUCAAAUCCGAGGCUUGCCGCGGUACCUCUUGGGUGGCAGAAAACCAAAAUGCCACGACUGGUGCAUUAUGUGUGAACGCGAUGGAGAAGUUAUUGUCCCUUGACAUGGUCCCAACCGGACAUACUGAAAUCGAGUCCGUCUCUUUUUCCUGUAAUAUCAACGCCAUGGUGGCUGUGAUCUGGAUCCACUACUGCCAGAAUCAGCAAUUUUACAGCACGGAACUGGAAUAUUUCCACCUAUCAUCGUCGAGAGCCGUGGUUGAUUUCAGAAAUAGCGUCAGAAAUAUCGUCGAAUUUGGCUUCAAGGACCGCCUUCCUCAGAUCCUGGCUCUCUUGGAUUCCAUCUCCCGACCGGUCCUUACACCAUCGGCGCCCAAGAGCCGACACACCAGAAAGAGAGAUGAAGAAACCUUCACCCCCAAGAAGAAGGCACGCCGGUGA